UCAACCUCUGAUGUGAUAAAACAGUUUGUGCUUCUUUCUUUACGAACCAAAAUGGUUCUGUUCUCGUUGCUGGCUACCAUGCUUCUGACGCUGCUGGCAGGGCUCUUGCCAAUGGUGGGGACGCAGUCGGAACAGGAAGCAAACCCCAGAACCAACUAUCAGCCUCCCAACUUUGAGCCGCUCCCCUCACCUUCUGGUUCGAACUGCUCCCAGUUGACCCUAAAACUGGACUUUUCUUCUGAGGUGGUAGAAAAUGAGUACAUCGUCACUUUUACCGGGUAUUUCUCAGCCAAAGCCCGCAGCUUAUACAUCAGCAGUGCCUUGCGUGGAUCUGGAGACAAAAAGCUCGAGUGGCACAUUGUUCCCAGAGAGAACCCGGCCUCAGACUUUCCCAGCGACUUCGAACUGAUCCACAUCCGGCAGGCUUCAUCCAGCAGCCUGCUGACUCUAGAGAACCACCCUUACAUCAAGAGGGUGACUCCGCAACGCAAAGUUUUCCGAUCCCUCAAAUACAUUCCCUCACCUGAACCUGCUGCACCCUGUAACGGCACACCUGAUUCCCAAAAAUGGCAGUCGUGGCAGUCGUCUCGGCCCUUCAGGCGGACCAGCCUGUCACUCGGCUCGGGUUUUUGGCACGCCACCGGUCGGCACUCCAGCCGCCGGCUGCUUCGUGCCAUUCCCCGCCAUGUUGCUCAGAUCCUCCAGGCAGAUGUUCUGUGGCAGAUGGGACACACUGGUUCUGGUGUGAAGGUGGCGGUUUUUGAUACGGGACUGAGUGAGAAGCACCCACAUUUUAAAAAUGUAAAAGAACGAACAAACUGGACCAAUGAAAAAACUCUGGAUGAUGGCCUGGGUCACGGUACGUUUGUAGCAGGAGUUAUAGCCAGUAUGAGGGAGUGUCAGGGCUUUGCCCCCGACUCAGAGCUCCACAUCUUUAGAGUGUUCACCAACAACCAGGUUUCCUACACCUCAUGGUUUCUGGAUGCUUUCAACUAUGCCAUCCUAAAGAAAAUUGAUGUUUUGAACCUCAGUAUUGGUGGACCUGACUUCAUGGACCAUCCCUUUGUCGAUAAGGUCUGGGAGCUGACUGCCAACAAAGUCAUCAUGGUCUCUGCCAUCGGAAACGAUGGACCUCUGUAUGGCACCCUGAACAAUCCAGCCGACCAGAUGGAUGUGAUUGGAGUUGGAGGGAUAGACUUUGAAGACAACAUAGCAAGGUUUUCUUCGAGAGGCAUGACAACUUGGGAGCUGCCUGGGGGGUAUGGCAGAGUAAAGCCUGAUAUCGUAACCUACGGUUCAGGAGUUCGAGGCUCAGGGUUGAAGGAGGGAUGCCGCUCGUUGUCUGGGACCAGCGUGGCCUCUCCUGUGGUUGCAGGUGCCGUCACACUUUUGGCCAGCACCGUCCUCAACCGGGAGCUGGUAAACCCCGCCUCCAUGAAGCAGGCUCUGAUCGCCUCGGCCCGCAGGCUGCCCGGGGUCAACAUGUUUGAGCAGGGCCACGGGAAACUGGACUUGAUCCGAGCCUACCAGAUCCUUAACAGCUACAGACCCCAGGCCAGUCUCUCUCCCAGCUACAUCGACCUGACAGAGUGUCCGUACAUGUGGCCUUACUGCUCUCAGCCAAUCUACUACGGAGGCAUGCCCACCAUCGUUAACGUGACCAUCCUCAACGGCAUGGGAGUCACGGGCAAGAUCGUCGACAAGCCCAUCUGGCAGCCAUAUUUGCCUCAGAACGGUGACAACAUCGACGUUGCUGUCUCAUACUCACCUGUGCUGUGGCCGUGGGCCGGUUAUCUAGCCGUGUCCAUCUCUGUGGCCAAGAAAGCUGCGUCUUGGGAGGGUAUCGCUCAGGGUCAUGUGAUGGUCACAGUCGCAUCGCCUGCAGAGAAUGAUUCAGAAGUUGGAGGUGAGCUUACUUCCACUGUCAAACUGCCCAUCAAGGUAAAGAUAGUGCCUACCCCACCGCGCAGUAAGAGGGUGCUGUGGGAUCAGUACCACAAUCUGCGCUACCCCCCCGGCUACUUUCCCCGUGACAACCUACGAAUGAAAAACGACCCACUGGACUGGAAUGGUGACCAUGUCCACACAAACUUCAGGGACAUGUAUCAGCACCUGAGGAGUAUGGGCUACUUUGUGGAAGUACUGGGAGCACCUCUCACAUGCUUUGACGCCAGCCAGUAUGGCACACUGUUGAUGGUGGACAGCGAAGAGGAGUAUUUCCCUGAAGAGAUCACCAAGCUUAGGAGAGACAUCGACAACGGCCUUUCACUCAUCAUCUUCAGCGACUGGUACAACACAUCAGUAAUGAGGAAGGUCAAGUUUUACGACGAAAACACAAGGCAAUGGUGGAUGCCAGACACUGGGGGCGCUAAUGUACCAGCUCUGAAUGACUUGAUAUCAGUGUGGGGGAUGGCUUUCAGCGACGGCCUGUAUGAGGGGGAUUUCACCAUGGCCGAUCAUGAUAUGUACUAUGCCUCAGGCUGCAGCAUUGCCCGUUUCCCAGAAGAUGGAAUUGUGAUUGCCAAGAACCUAAAAGAUCAAGGUCUGGAAGUGUUAAAGCAGGAGACGGCGGUGGUGGAGGGAGUUCCCAUCCUGGGACUGUACCAAACCCCUUCAGAGGGGGGAGGUCGCAUUGCUCUGUACGGAGACUCGAACUGUAUCGACGACAGUCACAGACAAAAAGACUGUUUCUGGCUACUGGAUGCCCUGCUGCAGUAUACUUCUUACAGUAUGACCCCUCCCAGCCUCAGCCACUCCCACAGUAGAGUGGCGCCUCCAUCUGGUGCAGAGCGGCAGCUGCCGCUAAGACUGGAAGGGAACCACCUGUAUCGCUAUUCCAAGGUACUGGAGGCUCACCUGGGAGACCCGAAACCACGUCCCCUGCCAGCGUGCCCCCAUCUGUCCUGGGCAAAACCACAGCCACUCAAUGAGACGGCCCCCAGUAACUUGUGGAAACACCAGAAGCUCCUCUCUGUGGAUCUGGACAAAGUGGCUCUCCCUAAUAUGAAGUCCUACCGGCCCCAGGUUCGACCCCUGUCUCCUGGGGAGAGCGGGGCCUGGGACAUACCUGGAGGGAUAAUGCCGGGUCGCUACAACCAGGAAGUGGGUCAAACCAUCCCUGUGUUCGCCUUCCUGGGAGCAAUGGUCGUUCUGUCCUUUUUCGUGGUCCAGCUCACUAAAGCCAAGAGUAAACCCAAGCGCAGGAAACCCCGGAUCAAACGGCCCACAUACCUCCAGCAGCAGACGGCGACGGCGGGGAAAAACCCCACUGUGUGA